ACACCCCGUGGCCUGUGCAGCUUGAUCGAUCGAUCACCAGCCGCGCCCGGGCCGGCGGCAUCCUCCUCCUCGACGACCGUCGCCGCCGAUCGACGGUAUAUAUAGCUAGUAGAAAUGGCGCCGGUGGGGCUCCCGCCGGGGUUCCGGUUCCACCCGACGGACGAGGAGCUGGUGAACUACUACCUGAAGCGCAAGAUCCACGGGCUCAAGAUCGAGCUGGACAUCAUCCCGGAGGUCGACCUCUACAAGUGCGAGCCAUGGGAGCUCGCAGACAAGUCGUUCCUGCCGAGCCGCGACCCCGAGUGGUACUUCUUCGGGCCGCGGGAUCGCAAGUACCCGAACGGGUUCCGCACGAACCGCGCGACGCGGGCCGGGUACUGGAAGUCCACGGGCAAGGACCGCCGCGUGCUCCACCACGGCGGCCGGCCCAUCGGCAUGAAGAAGACGCUCGUCUACUACCGCGGCCGCGCGCCGCAGGGGGUGCGCACCGACUGGGUCAUGCACGAGUACCGACUCGACGACAAGGACGCCGAGGACACGCUGCCCAUCCAGGACACCUACGCGUUAUGCCGGGUCUUCAAGAAGAACGCCAUCUGCACCGAGGUGGACGACCUGCAGGCGCAGUGCAGCAUGGCGCUGCUGGAGGGCGCCUGCCAGCAGCUGCUCACCAGCGGCAGCCAGCAGGAGUACCAAACGCCGUCGCCAGACGUGCCCGUCGGCUCCACAUCCGGCGGCGCCGACAAUGACGCGGACAAGGACGAAUCCUGGAUGCAGUUCAUCUCCGACGACGCCUGGUGCUCCAGCACGGCCGACGGCGCCGAGGAGAGCACCUCCUGUGUGGCUCUGGCCAGCUGAGAACGCAGCCUUUGAUUUGCUCAAAGAUGCUGCAGCUGAGAAAAUUCACCUAAUAACUAUUUUUUCCUUUCUUUUUCUCUGAUCGAGAUGCUACAUUGCUACUGCUGGCUAGCUAUUAAUAACCACCGCGAUCGAGUCUACAAGGUGUAAGAUCAUAGCAAUAAGCAGGCAUCCUUUGGGUUUUCAGCUUCCAUCCUAUUGCUGGGAGUUGAAAGGAUUGUUGCCGCCUCAAGGUUGUCGUUUGGAGUCCUUCCUUGAGUUGAGUCCAUAAGGAGGGUUAUAUAACUAUACCAUAUAGUAUAUAGGAACAAACUACUCCUUGAUUUUUUGUUUCUUUUCUUCUUUUUUGGUGGUUUAUCGAAUGCACUGUACUUUUUGAGUGAUUUCUUUCCUCUUUUUUCUGUGAGAAGCAGAGUGGAUAUAGCUAUGCCAUUGCAUAGUUUUUGUCUUGUGAUGCCAAGUGAAAUAUAAUGCGCAGUAUGAAUGCAAAUUGAAGACAAUUAUGACUA